AUGAAAAUUCCACCUGAAAUACUUGACUCUGAGAAUGUAUCGACUGGAACCGAUAUUCUACCUAUAAAACCUCAAUCCAAGACUAUAUCGUUUAAAAUGCGAGACGACUUGGCAAUGGAACGAUUUUCACAACUUAGCAUUAGUACAAGUGAUCCUUUGAGACUGAUAUAUGGUUAUCUCAAUGAACCACUUGCAUCUCUCGAAGAAGCUCUUCAACCAUUCCAUGAUCAAAUUGAUCAAUUAUCUCACUUUAUCAAAGAAGCUAAAACAGAAUGUUACUAUCCAUCAGAACAUAAUUUGACACGUGAUGAAUCAGCUGCUAUCUAUAUUUAUACAAUGAAAUGGGCUAACCACUGUCUCUAUGAUCAUUUACAAGAAGCAUGGAAAACUGAAGAUCGAGCUACGAUGAAAAGAUGGUUCAAAUAUUUGAGAUUAUUUAAAAGUGCAUUCGACAAAUUACCGGAUUCGAAGAGAAAAAUUUGGCAAGGAGUACCUUUUGAUGAAAAACUCAUAGAGAAACUAAAUUCAAAAUCAUCAUCACUGUACAUUUCUAUGGGUUCAUGUUUACCAUCAUCUAAUGAAAUUAAAGAUUAUCUCCAAAACAAUUUUAGCAAUAAAAUAAUUCUUAUUGGCUAUGAAUCUGUCAAAGGAAAGUCAAUAGCUGAUUAUACAGCGAAUUCAUGGAACGAACACAUGGUAUUUCCCGGUAUGAAAAUUGCGAAGGCAAAUUUCAGCGUAAGAGAUGCUAAUGGUUCAGUGAUUUAUCAUUUAAAAGGACAGAAUGAAAUUGAUACGAACAACGUUGAUAGCCAGGUCCAUUCUAUAACAGAUAGUAAUGAUUCACAGAAUUCUCCUCUCGAUUUAUCAAAAACCGGUAAAUUCUAUCGAUGUCUUUCUCGAUCACCUGAUGUUUUAUGCGUCAAAACUAAUAAUACUUGCGAUAGACAAAUGCUAUUAAGUCAUUUAUAUGAUGCACCAAAACUUUUAACAGAACCAAAAUUAGACUGGCAUUAUCGAAGUAUAAAAGAUUUAGCAAAAAAACAUAUUCCUUUUCUAUCUGGUGAUGGCCCUCAACGAACACCAAUCCGAAUAACAGUAAGCUUUUAA